AUGUCGAACGCAUCCCCGGCAGAUAUAAUAACCUACAUCGGCGUGCCCCUUGCCGUGAUCGGGGUUCUCCCAAUACUCUACACCUGUAUUCGCGCUCUACUUGUCCUGCGUUCGAUCCGCAAGGUCCUGGCGCAAAAUGGCCACUCCAACUCUGCAGUUACAAGGGGCAGCAUGAUGUCUGGCAUUGUCGAAGUUGAGCUGCCGCGCUAUACCAUAACACCCCUUGACCGGGAAGACGAUGAGGAGUAUUGGAAACUCAACCCGGACAGAUCUCAUCUUCCCGGAGGUUCAUGGUCAUACUUUUACUGGAAUUGUCUAGUAACUGGGAAAAAACUCUACCGAAUCCAGUAUAAGGAUGAGUUACUGGUGCCUCAGGCUGAGAUCGAAUUCGAUGAGUUGACCGGAUUCCUGCUCGAUCGUGGAGCUGUGCCUGACGAAAAUGGCUGGAAUAUGCUGAGGACGAGCGGGCUAUGGACUCCGGCUGGAACCGUCUUGUUACGGCCGCCCCCGACUCGGUUUGGAGCCGUUUUGAGGACGAGUGUGCCUGAUGAUUCCGAUGGCGUCCUGAGCCUGAAGGUCCAUUGGCAGUGUGAUUGGGAUCAGCGAGAUAAACAUUGCCUACCACCUUUUUGGAUGCGAAUUCAUCAGCCUAAGCUGUUUCACGAUGAGACGUCUCCUGGUUCUGAUUCUAUCCUAAAGGGAGAAAAUGAGAAUGUUGAUGAUAAAGAUGGCCCGCUACUGUCUAUAGGUGGAUCUACUGCGAAUCCCAUAGAAGACAGCCAACCUGAUAUAACUACUGCGCCAUUGCUUUUGGCUUAUAUCGAAGAAAAGCGUGCCUCUCUCGAUAGCACUGACGCACUCAGUGAUAGCAUACGUUUCCGCAUUGAAAGCGACACCGUCGAAAAGAUCUACUUUGAGCAGGAUCACUCGCUCACGGGAAGAACGACAGAGAUGGGUCAUAUGGGGGACGCGAUUAACCAGUGGUUCGUCUACACGGCGUCGUCUCUAGGACACAAUGAAAAAGCCGCAACCUGGAGUUUUGCAUUGCCUCAAAACAUCUUACAGGCAGUGAGAAGAGAAGCAGUUCCCUGUGGAAUUAUGGAAUUGCUGGGCAUCAUGCAAGAAGAUGAGUUACCACACUGGGCAUCUCCACGGCCACAGCUUAAUGAUCCCUUGAGAUUUCACAACAGGUUUCUUGAGGAUAUGCGAGCAAAAGAAGUCGAGAAAACAAUGCCUCCAGCACAAGCGGCGGCGGCUCGUCGUGCUAGAGAACAGGCGAAAUUGUCGGCAAUGCGUGAUGAUCAUGCUGACGGGGUCCGAAUUAUGCGCGAAUAUGAGGAGAAACGCGGGGUUGAAGCAUUGACAUCCCCAAAAUUAAACAACAAAGAUAUUACGGACGCUUGCUUGAGGUGGCUGGUGAAGAACAACUAUGUCCCUAAAACGUAUAAGAUAACAGAUCUGGCCAAGGCGGUAUUAUAUCUGAUGGUUCUCGAUUUAAACCAAGCAAAGGCAAUUGCACAAGUAUGUGAUCGCUGGACCAUCUGGCAUCAAUCUCCGGGCAUGAACCGUUCAGAGAUAGAAUUCCUACGUGAGAAUAAGGCUAGCUUCUGUUAUGCCUCAUCUAUAAUAUACAUAAUUCAGAUAGCGGCACGUUCAGAAGCUCAAGUGUCCACAGACAUGCAAGAAUGCCUCAAGCUCUGGAAGAAAGUGCGGCUUGGUUGA